AUCUCCGUUCUAAAUUUUCCAUUUGAAAAAAAAACAAUAAUAUGAAAAAUUGGUCUUUUAUUGACAUUUUUUUUUAGAAAAUUUAAAUUGUCAAACUUAAAUACGACAUGCAUAAUUUUGGGCAAAUUGAAUCAAAUUGAUUAAAAAGAGGCAAUUUUUUACCUAAAAAAAUCAAAUAAAUAAAUUUCCUUUCUUCCUUAACCAUUUAAAUCUCCAGUUUUCAUACCAAUGACAUAGUUGUCAGUUACUCAGUUAUCACUCGUGUCGUCGUGUGUCUUUCUCCUCUCUCUCCCCAUCUUCUUAUUAGGGUUUUACGGUCUCACCAAACGGUUCAAAUUUCUCGUCACCAAUGCCAUACCCAAAAACCUAACAAUCUUCCCAACUCUCAAUUUCACCAAUUCUCACUAUCAAAACUUCCCAAAACCGUUUCGCCGUCUCAAUUUCACUUUUCAGUACAUCGAAUUAUGGUAGAAGAGACGAAAGAGAAGGUUCCUGAAUUCAAAUGGGGGAAAAAGAAAGGGUUUGGUGGUAGAAAUAAGGAUGUCACUUUUUACGAAUCGUUUACUUACGAUGGUGUUGAUUACAAUCUUUAUGAUUCUGUUUAUCUUUACAAGGAAGGUGAAACUGAACCUUUUAUUGGUAAACUAAUCAAAAUUUGGGAAAAUGGUGAUAAGAGUAAGAAAGUUAAGGUUUUGUGGUUCUUUCGUCCAUGUGAGAUUGUUAAUUUCUUGGAAGGAUAUGAGGUACUUCAAAAUGAGUUGUUUUUGGCUGCUGGUGAAGGAUUAGGGCUAACAAAUAUCAAUCCUCUGGAAGCUAUUGCUGGAAAAUGCAAUGUUGUUUGCAUUUCAAAGGACGACAGAAAUCCACAUCCUUCAGACAAAGAUCUUCCAAAUGCUGACUUUGUAUGGCAUUGUUUCUUUGAUGUUGGGCAGCUUAAAAUACUGGACAAGAUAGAUGAUAAGAUUGCUGGAGUUGAAGUUAAAAAUAUUUUUAACAAUUUAUAUAGUCGAAAGCUUGGUGGUCUUUCGAAACUUGGUUUAGAUGAGAAAGAAGUUAGUGUGAAAGUCACGACGAGUAAUGAAGCGGUGACUCUUUCAAGUGAAAAAAACAAUCAACUUUUGAUUGAAAAACUAGAUGGCAAGCGUUUUGAAACUGCUGAUUCUAAGCCAUCAUUGGUAGAAAGGCGUACCUCUAGCCUUGGUUUAAAGGAUGGUAGUAAAUCUAAUGGUGGUUUGGUCCCUAUUUCCCACGACAAGACCUUGCCUCAAGCUAAAGAGAAAGCGAAUGGGGUUUAUAAGGCUUCUUUGGCUAAACAAAAAUCAUCUACUAAUGAUAAGAUCGUUUUGAAGUCUAAGAUUGAUUCGGAAACGAGUGGAUGUGAUAUUGUUGGUAUCUCCGAUCGACAAAUCAACAAGCGAUUAGGUGAGGGCAAGACUUCUGAGAAGGAAAAAUAUGGCGUUUCUAGUGCAAAGAUAACAAAUAAUGUUCAAAAUAGAAGCAACUAUGAUGAUGAUGAUGAUGAUAAUGUGAAGAACGUCCCUUCAAAAAGGCUAAAGAUUGACACAGUGCCAACAAAACUCUCUAGUGACAAGUUUCCUGAUAGGCAAAUCAACAAGCGAAUGAGGGAGAGCAAGGCAUAUGAAGAGGAAAAACAUGGUGUUUCUAGUUCGAAGAUAUCAAAUAAUGUACAAAAUCGAAGGAGCUAUGGUGAUGUUGAUGCGAAGGAAGUCCCUUCGAAAAAUCUAAAGAUUGACACAAUGCCAGCUAAACUCUCUGGUGACAAGUUGCGGAAAGAAUCGUCUACAACUUCUCCAAACUUGGAGCACAAGCUAGAUUACCGUGUAAUGGAAGUUACUCAAAGACCUGAAGUUGAUAGAAGCAAAUGGUUUAAGCCAAUGCCUUGGGAGGAAAGUAUGAAAGAUGCUUAUAAGCAAGGGAGACUUGUGCUGCUUGAAAAUUUGGAUCCUUCUUUAACUUCAUCAGAAGUACAGGAUAUUAUUUGGCAUGGCUUUAAAGAAAGAUGUACUGCAAAGAUGAUCCAGAAAACCACAUAUUCUAGUCCUCAUUCUGGUCAAGCUUUUGUUAUAUUCAAAAGAAAGGAAGCAGCAGAGUCGGUUAUUAGAAAAUUAGAGGAGGGCUGUUUCUUGAUGUCAAAUGGGCGCCCACUUGUGGGAAGCUUUGGACUCCCUUGCUUUCCGGAAAAGAAGCGAACAUUUUAUGGUCAUUAUGCUAUUGAUCAACCUCGACAACGUGAGAUGAAAGACGCAGUAUCGACUUCACAUUGUUCUCAGGCCAACAACAUUGAAUAUGAUAUGGCUGUAGAGUGGUGUUUACUACAAGAAAGAGUAGACAAAACUUGGAGAAAAUUGUAUCAGCGACAAAGCGAGGAGUUAAGCAAACUCAAAGCCAAGUUGAAGUCUAAAAUCUAAACGAUCUCCAUUGACCCUUCUAUUUUUGUUGAAUGUAAAACUGACUUUGUUCACCGCGGUUGUGGCAUAACUGGCAAUUGUUUUGGGUUCAGCAGUUGUAGAUAUGAUAUUCUUGGGGGUUCUUUGUAUACAGCAACUCCCUGGAAAGCUGUUGAAAGUUUUAUUGCCUUGUCCCAUUUCGCUGCUGUUGUACUAUACAUAGUUUCCUGUCUUUUGAUGUAUACCCCAUUUGUAGUGUAGACAAUAAACUCAAUUUUUUGUUAUCAUGUAAUUUUAGUUCUUGUUAGUAUAAUCGUUUCAACUUUCUUCCUGUCAUCUUAUCAUACAUAAUAUGAAAAUUAGCAUGAAGCUAUUUCAA